UAGUACUGGCACCUUGUAGUUUUAGUAGAUCGCCAUUUUGUAAAACGGUCACACUGGUUUGUAAACAAGUGAGAAACAAACGAUCUUGCAAAUUUUAAAAUAUAAUUAUUAGGACCGAGGACGAUAAUAUAUUAAAAAUCAUAUUUUCUUCUUAAAAAAAAUGUCAACUGAUAAGUUUAACAACUUUUUAAAAGCCGUGGAAUCGGUUAAAAAAGACUAUACAUGUGGAUAUUGCAAAGAAAUGUGCGUAAAACCUGUUACACUAAGCUCUUGUUUUCAUAUGAUUUGUUCAGAUCACUUUAAAAACUUGAAACUUUGUCCCACAUGCAAGAUACCACUUGAUGGUUGUAUAUCAUAUGAAGACAAACAAUUGGAGACAUGUGUGGAAUCUAUUAAGGAACUUAAUAAAUUGUGUAAAGAUUUGAGACCGACGACUAAAGAAGCUCCUGAAGCGACAAAAACUUCAAAGAGUAAUAAAAAAUCCGAAUCAGGUCAGGAAAAGAAACAGAAAGUAUUAAAAUCAGAUAAAAACACCUCUUUAUUAUCCAAUACAACUACAAAAGGUAUUGAGAAAAAGAACAGUAAAGGGGAAACCGUUCUUCAUGUAGCAUGCAGACAAGGCAAAGUUGACAGAGCCGUGGACUUGCUAAAUAUGGGGGCAAAUUCCAAUACAAAAGACAAUGCUGGUUGGACACCACUACAUGAAGUCGUACAAAAUGGUAAUUUAGAAUUAGUCAGACUUCUUUUGCAAUUUAAUACCCUUAUAGAUGUUCCAGGGCAGAAUAAUGAGACACCUCUUCAUGAAGCUAUUAGGUAUAAUCAUGUAGAUAUUGCUAUAGAAUUAGUUAAGAAUGGUGCGGACCUAGAAGCACGAAAUUGUAAAGGGGAAACUCCAUUACAGUUAGCCACAGAGGAAGUAAAAUCUAUGUUAUUAGAAGCUGCUGAAGAUUUACAGCAAACACAAGGUGUUAACAUUACACAUAUUGCAAAUAUACAUUCUGACUUAGAUUUUGAAGACAUAAGAGUAUUCUGUUUAUCUCAAGUUCGAUCAGUUUCAAAUAAGUUAAAGCUAUUAGCUAAGAGUCAUUCUAAUUUACACCUGGAAGCAAAAUUUACAAGGAAAGUCACUCAUUUAGUAACUGAAGAAGUGGAUGGUGUAUGUGUACCCAGCACAGAUAUAUUACAAGGGAUUGUAAAUGGUGUUUGGAUUUUAUCAAGCCAAUGGGUAAACAAAUCAACCGAGGACUCUUUGGAACACUUUGAAGAGUAUGAAGUAAAGGGUAUUGGCAAUAAGUUAUAUAGAGGGCCUAAAAUUUCCAGAUACAACAAAUACAAACAGUUGCCCGGACUCUUUGACGGCUGUCAUUUCUAUUUACACAAUUUUACAACUAAAUAUGAAAUCUCCAAAAAUCUUGUAUUGACAAAAGCAAUUUUAUCCAAAUUGAUAACAGACGCUGGUGGCAUUGUAUUACGCCGUGUACCCAAUCCAGAGUUAAUUCCGGAUUCUGAAAAACUUAUUCCAUAUCAUGCUAAGAAGGGAGGUAAAUUAGAGAUAUGCUCACAUUACAUUAUAUUCAAAGAUAUCUAUGAACCAAUGUACAAUAUGGCACAUAUCAAAGCUUUACCUCUUGGAUGGCUUAUAGAAUGUAUUGAAAAAUAUGAAUUAUGUGAUCCAUGAGCUUUCAGCAACGUAACUCUUAAGGUGAGACUCUUUCAUUAGAUUGUUACAUUACAUUAGUAAGUCUAGGCUAACACAGAAGAAUUGAGUUUAGUUUUAUGUAAUUUUGUUAUUUAAUAGGUAUGAUUAGCUUAUAAUUUGAAUAAGAAUUGUUUUUAAAUUUGAUAUGUUCUAUUUUUAUAUGCUGAAGAAUGUUAAAUGUGCCUUAUUUAUAAUCUAUUAGUAAUAAUAGCCUGUGAUAUAUGCUUUAAUGUAUGCAACUACCCAUUAACUGAAAUAGUAUAGCUGAUUGCUGUAGUUAAAAAGUAGUCUAAACAAAAAGAUAAUAAAUAAAAAUAAUAAAACAUAAAAAAUGUUUAUGACUGUUGGAAAUUCGUGGAAACAGAUAGUAAGAUUGUUCAGUUGCUGAUGAUGUUCAAUCAUGCGCUGCCAAUUAAUUAUUGUUAAAGAGUUUUUGUUAAAUUAACAUUUUUAAUUAGUAAUUGGAAAAAAUUAGAAAUAUAUUUUCUUGGAAGUUACACUUAUUAUAUAAAUUCAUAAGUGAAGGAUCAAAUAUACUAUUUAUAUAAACCAACACAAUAAAAUUGUUUAAAUCUAUAAUAUUAACGUUUUCUCUAAGAAAGUUGUAUUUUAGGAAAUAUUUGGGAUCAAUUCUUUAUUAAAAAUAAUAUAGAUCCUAUUUUUCUGAAAAAAUUUUAUUACUGUGUUUACCAACAAUGUGUCUGCAGUCUUGGAGAAAUUAUUUUACUCAUUACAGUUUUUAGAAGCCUAUUCCAGUCAGCCACUAUCGUUUCGGGAGAAUAUUUGUAGAGAACUUGCAUUAUAUUGUAAAAAAUAUUGUAUUAAAAAUAAAUAUAUAUUACUUAA